CUCCCGCAGGGUCGGCGUCCGAGGGUUCCCGGAAGUAGCUGGACCGCAGGCUUCCGGUACAGGUCAGGAAAAAUGGCAGUGGCCAUCGUAUUCCCGACUCUGGCACGGAUGCUUGCUCUGUCAAGGCGCCACCCAGUGUCUCCUUUGCUCAGCAUGACAUCAUUCAGACGCUUCUACAGAGGUGACAGCCCAACAGAUUCCCAAAAAGAUAUGAUCGAAAUCCCUUUGCCUCCAUGGCAGGAGCGAACUGAUGAAUCCAUAGAAACCAAAAGAGCCCGCCUGCUCUAUGAGAGCAGAAAGAGGGGAAUGCUGGAAAACUGCAUCCUGCUUAGCCUCUUUGCUAAAGAAUAUCUGCACCGCAUGACGGAGGAACAGCUGAACCGCUAUGAUCGCCUGAUUAACGAGCCCAGCAACGACUGGGAUAUUUACUACUGGGCUACAGAAGCAAAACCAGCCCCAGAAAUAUUUGAAAAUGAAGUCUUGGCACUACUGAGAGACUUUGCUAAAAACAAAAACAAAGAGCAGAGACUGCGUGCCCCAGAUCUCGAAUACCUCUUUGAAAAGCCACGCUGAGCUGUGCACCACUGCCUGCCGUGGGGGUUCGGCCCAUGGACCCUAACUGCUUACGGUGGCUACUGGCCUUAAUUCCUGCUUUUCCUUAGAUACUCAGCCCACCCGGACCGUUCGUCCUGCCUCAAAUGAUGGACCUUCCUCUCUCCUGGGACAUGUAAAUGUUCAGCGUGUCUCAUCCUGACACUUUUUUGUGCGUUUCUAGGCCUCAGAAGCAGUUUGUCAGCAGCCUGGCUGUCUCUCUGGCGGGCCUGUGCCACAGGAGGGCACUGUAGGGAAGCGACUGGGCUAGCUCAUCGCUUCAGCCAGAAGCGUGUUCCAUCAAAGGCGGCAGCCAGCUGCGGGUGCUGUAUGGAAAGCACCCCCGAGUGGCCCAGGGCUUUGUCCAGGUGUAACUCCCCCCUCCCUGCCCGGGAGGGUUCUUUCUGCCAAGGGAAGCUGGUCCAAGCCCCCUGCGCUGAAACCCUCAAAGGCACGGCAGGCAAAGUGACGGCAGCAAGCAGUAACGAUGUGUGUAAGCUGCUUAAGAGUCAGCGUCCUCCUCAUCAGAGUUCUUCCAAAAUGUUCACUUUGCAAACUGAAUGAUAAUUGAAUAUUAAAGCACGUUUCAAAAAGGAGAA